CAUGGAUAUUGACAGCUUCAAGAUUCAGGAAAUGAUCGAACUUGACAUGAGGAGCCUAGGGGAAUACUCAAAUGAUAUAUCAUGCUUUCCUGAACCUACAUCUGCCAUGGCAGAUGCAUUAGACUCUGCCUUAGAUUCUGAUCUAUCGAAUGGUUGUAAUACAUGGACAUACAGUUCAUCAAAUUUUUUAAACUCAAGUAUUGAUUUGGAUAGUAUAAGUGGACUGCUAGUUAAUCCACAAACUGCUUUACCAGUGUCAAUGUCUGAAUCAUUAAUUCUGCCUACAUCUGCGCCAUCUUCUGUUACUAAUUCUUGUCAUGACACAUCGGCAUCUGGGAAGGAUGAAUCUACAUCUCUUUCUACUUCUGGCAGCAUUGCUGUAACUUUACCUUUACAAGUUAUAACAACAAAUGCAUUAGUUACUGAAAUGGCUGAUGUGCAGUCACAUGUCAACCUGACUGUUGCUGUGCCAACUCCGUCCCCUACCCCGCACAAUACUGGUUCAUCACAAGCACAGCAGGGAAGCUUAGUGCAUGACUCCGAGAAUCGCUGAAUCGAAAGUAGUGAAAGCCCCAAACCCAAAUCUAAGGGCAAAAAUGCAAAGUCCAACCAACAAAUUAAUAUUGAAAAUGCAUAUCCAAAACCAGCAUAUUCCUAUAGUUGCCUCAUAGCAAUGGCCCUGAAGAACAGCAAAACUGGUAGUUUACCAGUUAAUGAAAUUUACGACUUCAUGACGGAGAAUUUUCCAUACUUCAAAACAGCACCAAAUGGAUGGAAAAAUUCAGUCCGUCAUAAUCUAUCCUUGAAUAAAUGUUUUGAAAAGAUUGAAAAGCCAUCAGGUAACAGCGCACAAAGGAAAGGUUAUCUGUGGGCAAUGAAUCCUGCCAAAAUUGAAAAAAUGGAGGAAGAACUUCAAAAGUGGGGUAGCAAAGAUCCUGCUGCAAUUAGAAAAAGCAUGGCAAAUCCAGAGCGUUUAGAGCUGAUUGAAAAAGGUGAAUUGAGGAAUACUGAUAGUGAUACAGAAAUGGAGAACAUGAGUGUUUCUGACUCUGAACAAGAAGUAAAAGAUAUCAAAAAAGAACAUGAGAAGAGCAAUGAGGUCAAAGUGCAGGUUACCAGUUUAUCGAAUGAUCUACUUAGUAAUGAUUUUUCCUCAUUAGGGGAUUCGGUCAACAUAGAUCCGUGUCUUCCUGAAUUAGAUAUGCAGGUUUGUUUAUAUUAUGCAUAUUAACCGUAUUUUAAAGUAUAUUUUAGUGAACAUUGAUGCUUUUAAUUUUAUUUAUUUUUGGAUAUUAAUAUACAGUUUUAAAUAUUGAACAAAGUGUGGUGUUAUUUUUAAAAUUAUGGAUUGCCCUCUUAAUACAUAUGUAUAGGGUGUCCGAAUCAAAUGUAUCUAAUUUGGAGAGGUCGCUAUACUUAAAAGAAAGUUUAAAAGCAUAAGAAAAAUGUAAAAUUAGAUACCAAUACUCAGUAUACAAAGUUUUUGUUAAACAAUCAGUACAAUUCCACAUGAGCUUCCUUAGUAGCUUUGAAAAUGUCCAGCCGGUAGUCCAGUUCCAGCCAUGUUCAGUGUAACAUUUCUGGAGUCGCAGUAGCAAUAGCCUUGGUUAUGGAGGCACGAAAGUCGUCAAUAUCACAGAUGUUCCCUGAGUAGACUGUCUUUCAUGUAGCUCAAAAAAAAAAAAAAAAAAAAAAAAAAAAAAAAAAAAAAAAAA